AUGAUUGGUUUAAUCCCUGAUGAGAUGGAAUGGGAAGAUGAAGUACAGGUCGUAAACAUCACCCAUCAGAUUCAACCAAUUCUAUCAACAACGUUGUCAAGAUCACUCACGUGGUUGCAUUUAGGGUCAGAGUUUAAUGAGCGAAUAGCAAAGGGCUCUCUACCUCACACUCUAACUCAAUUGUCAUUUGGAAAGUGGUUUAAUCAGCCUCUAAAUGGGGUGUUGCCGACGCAGUUACUAACUCUUCAUCUUGGAUCAGACUUUAAUCAACCAUUCACCGCAGGGUCUCUACCAGACUCAAUCAAAGAACUAAAAUUUGGAUAUUCAUUCAACCAACCUUUGUAUCAAGCGAUAGAAGGAAUGUUUAUAUCCGUCUCCAUUUGGUCAAAAAUUAUGCAAGGAGAGAGAAAGCCUUUCCAGAUUUUGAACAAAACCGCAUCAAAUAUACUCGUUGUCAUUCAUUACCAAGAUGCACUUGGAGGGAUCUGUCAAUCGAUUCAUUUUAAAUUGGACACUCAUGAAAGAGAAAGGAUGGUGUAUGGACCAAAUGCAAACACCAUUGCCGUUGGUCUCAUCACGCUGGACAACUCAGCCCCCAGAACCAUAAACUAUUUCUUUUUUGACAAACUCCAAGAAUGUGAUCUAGUCAUUCGGGACGCCGAGUGUGACGGUGAUUCCCAAACACCUGCCACCACAAUCGCAAAGGAUCAUUUUUACAACCCUAUUGUAUUGGACCAAAAAUCCUACUACCGAUUGUUUUACUUUCAAGAUUCAUCAAACAAAGUAUCUUUGGUCAUAACAGAGGAUUUAUGUAAUUUGUAUGUCCUCAAAGAGGUUGAUUAUUCUCUAUCUUUAAGAUUGUAUGAAAGUGCCUUUAAUGAAAUCAAGGCAAUGAAGUUGUUAGAAGGGCAUCAUAACUUUGUAGAAUACGUCUAUCACGAAGAGAUAACAAACGAGAAAAAGAUAAAGAUAUUGUUUGAAUACUGUUUGAAUGGAGAUUUAAAUGGAUUGUAUGACCGUGUUGUUGCUUUAAAUGGAGGGUUGGUACUCGGUGAUUUGGGAUGUUGUAAGUUUAUUGAUCGACUCAUCCAAGAAAAAAAAACAGGACAAGAAAAGUUGGAUCAAGAGAAGCAAGACGAAAAUAUUACUUGUACUUUGAACAGCAAAAGAGUAGACCAACAAAUAGACUGUUACGACGAUGAUGAUGAGCCAUCUGUAGUGAUAACACCAGAACUCACAAGGAUAGCUGAAUUGACGAGAGGAACACUUGGAUAUUUAUCACCAGAAACUAUUCAUAAACAAUAUGGAAAACCAUGUGACAUGUAUUCAAUUGGAUCAACCAUUCAUAAAUUAUUAACAUGGUAUGAGAAUAAAAAUAUAGUUAAAAUAUCACCAAAAAGGUAUUCACAAGAACUUAUUGAUUUUGUAAAUUGGUUGUUGAUGGCUGAUCCCGUUGAAAGGGGUUCUCUACAGGCGAUUUUAUAUCACCAAAGAAUCAAAAAUGAACGACAAAUGUCAAUGGGCUACUAUUUGAAUAUUCCCAUCACUUGUCAAUUCCCUCAUUAUAUUACCAAUCUAACCAUCGAUAGCCAAGUCAACAGCGACAUUCGAGGAAUGCUACCACCAACCAUCACAGUCUUAAAAUUAUUAGGAAGAUUUAAUCAACCCAUUGAAAAAGAUAUGCUUCCUCCCUCUCUAUUGUUUUUAGAGUUUGGUGAUUCAUUUCAAAGCAAUAUCGAGCCAAUGUCACUUCCAACUAGUUUAAAAGAAGAAACAUCGAGCACCUGGAAAACCUCAAGCAUUUGA